GAAGUACCGACCGCGGCGAGAGUCGUUACCAUGGCUCUCUCCAUGAUAACCAUCAGCGUACUGGCCAUUUGUCUUACUCGUCGGAUACAGGUCAUUCAGAAUUGGAAGAACAUCUCGGUGACGAAUGCUUUGAUCAUUGCGAUAUACAUCGAUUCUUUCCUGUUCAUCUUCUGUACAGCGGUGCUGUCCAAAGCAUUUUCACUGAACCAAUCUGCCGGUAUCUGCGAUGGUGCUAUUUUGCUAUGCCUUAUUUGCUACAUGACUACCAAAAUUAUGAUCUACUACUUCUUGGUUGAAAAAGUGCACAUCAUCCGAACCACCAACACAGCAAGGAGGAAGAGCAAGCUUUGGCUGUUCAACUUCUUCGGCGUCAUAUGUCCCUACGUCGUCUUGGUCAUCCUCAAUUUCGUCUUCCGUAUUGCAUACAUCAACGAGAAGGGUGUUUGCGUUAUUGGAAUGAAGAGGCGCGCUCUGGUACCACUCAUUACAUUCGAUAUUGUCCUCAAUGUCUACUUGACAUCACUUUUCCUGCACCCCCUCCGACAGUGCUACUCGUUCAAGCAGGGCAAGAAAUCUGCAAUGCGAACGCUGGUUCUCCGAACAUUCGUGGGAUCCUGCGCGACUCUUCUUAUGAGUGUCGUUAAUCUGUCGGUCCUUACAAUCCUUGACGGAGAGCCUGGAUAUAUAUGUCUGUGUUUGUGCAAUCUUGAUAUCCUGUUCACUGUUUGCGUCCUUCAUUGGGCAACAGCUAUCGAC